AUGGCGCUCUCGUGGCCCUCGGCCGUCCGCCUCGCCGUCGCCGCUGUCCUGCUCGUCGCCGUCGGCGUCGCGCUCUUCACGCUUCCCGUCGAGAAGAUUUUAAAGGACUUUCUGGUUUGGAUCAAGGAGAACUUGGGUCCAUGGGGUCCUUUGGUGUUGGCCCUCGCUUACAUCCCUCUGACAGUCUUAGCUGUUCCAGCAUCAAUUCUUACACUUGGAGGGGGCUAUUUAUUUGGAUUGCCAGUAGGGUUUGUUGCUGAUUCCAUUGGAGCAACAAUUGGUGCAACUGCUGCAUUUCUGCUUGGCAGGACGAUUGGGAGGCCUUAUGUUCUCUCGAAAUGCAAAGAUUACCCUAAGUUUCAAGCAGUAGCCAUUGCUAUCCAAAGAUCUGGCUUCAAGAUCGUGUUGCUACUAAGGCUUGUACCUUUACUUCCGUUCAACAUGUUGAACUACCUGUUAUCUGUCACUCCUGUUGGUGUUGGAGAGUACAUGCUGGCUUCUUGGUUGGGAAUGAUGCCAAUCACUCUUGCCUUGGUGUACGUUGGAACAACACUAAAAGAUCUAUCAGAUGUGACACAUGGGUGGAGCGAGAUCUCGACUACUCGAUGGAUUUUGAUAAUAUCUGGCUUUGUAUUAUCUGUGGUCUUGAUUAUCUGCGUCACAAAAAUUGCAAAAUCAUCUCUGGAGAAGGCAUUGGCCGAGAAUGGAGAGCUCGAUGUAGGAACAUCGCAGCUUCCUGUGGUAGCCUCUACCUCGGAUCUGCAACAACCUCUUGUAAUCAAGAUUGACACAUCAAAUGAAGAUCAUGAGAAGUAA